UGGCAGUAACCACUCCGGCCCUCCGCUCUGCUUCGCUUCCACUCUACUCCUCCACUGCGCUGCUCAGCUGCUCGGCUCGGCUCCCUCGAGCGCGCAGGGCGGCGCGGCGGCGCGAUGCCGAGCUCACGGCGGACCACCGGCCGCGGCGGCGCAGGUGGAGGCGGCGCGGGGGCGGGUGAUGCAGGAGGGGCCGACGCCGGGGACGUGCCGCCGUUCAUGGGCAACAACCGCGACCACAACCCGCGGGAGCUGCGCUCCUGGGCGCGCCGCACGGGCUUCCACUCCUCCGCCUUCUUCUCGGGGGAGUCCAACUCCUCAGCCGCGGCACCGCCGCCUCCGCCGGCCACCUCGCGCCGGCCGGCGCCGGAGCGGCGGCGGGACCCGCACCCUGACACGCAGGACGACCUCGAGCCCGCGCCCCCGCUGGACCUGGAGCGCGGGCCCGCGCCCGGGCGCGGACGCGGCGGUGGGCACGGGGGGCGCCCGCGCCGCCGCAUCGACCUACGCGGCGAGCUCGAGAUCCCGCCGGGCUUCGGCCACGAGGAGGCGGACCCGGACGCGGGGAGGGGAGGAGGCGGGCGCGGUGACGCGCGGAGGAAGAAUGGCGGCGUCGAGAGGGAUCAGGCGGCGCCCAAUGCGGGCCGGAAUGGGAACGGCGCGCUCGCGGACGCCGAGGCGCGGAAGAAGGCGGAGGAGGCCGAGGCCGAGGCCAAGCGGAAGGCGGAAGAGGCCGAGGCAAGGAGGAAGAAGGAGGAGGAGGAAAGGGACGCCGAGCUGGCCGCGUAUUACCAGGAGCAAUGGGCGAACGAGGAGGAGGAGGGGGCAGCUGCGGAAGCUACCGCGGCCGAGACGGCGCCACUGUAUGGGGCGUCGGGACUCCGGUGCGGCGUCACCGAGAACCCCGGGUGGGCACCCCUUGUAUUUUAUGGCAUACAACAUUAUCUGUCAAUAGCUGGUUCACUUGUUUUUGUUCCUUUGAUACUGGUACCAACAAUGGGCGGAUCUGAUGAGGACACUGCAACAAUCAUUUCCACCAUGUUAUUAGUCUCUGGUCUCACUACAAUACUUCAUACUUUUUUGGGUUCUCGGCUUCCACUGGUUCAAGGAAGCUCUUUUGUAUAUUUGGCUCCAGCGUUGGUAAUUGCGAACUCCGAGGAGUUUAGAAAUCUUAGUGACAAUAAAUUCAAGCACAUAAUGAGAGAAUUACAGGGGGCUAUACUUAUUGGUUCAGUAUUCCAGAUAUUGUUAGGAUAUACUGGUCUUAUGUCACUGUUUCUGAGGCUAAUAAAUCCAGUUGUUGUGGCACCAACAAUUGCUGCAGUGGGUUUGGCGUUUUUCAGUUAUGGUUUCCCUCAGGCUGGCAGUUGUGUAGAAAUCAGCCUGCCCCUCAUUCUGUUGGUUCUGCUGUGCACUCUGUACAUGAGAAAAAUAUCCCUGUUUGGCAACCGUAUUUUCCUUGUAUAUGCGGUGCCCCUCAGUGUCGCAAUUGUAUGGGCAUAUGCAUUCUUCCUAACUGCUGGUGGAGCAUAUAACUUCAAAGGCUGCAGUUCAAAUAUACCUAGUUCAAACAUACUGUUGGAUUCAUGCAGAAGGCAUUUAGAAACCAUGAAGCGCUGUCGCACUGAUGUUUCUACUGCAUGGAAAACUGCUGCCUGGGUGAGGGUUCCCUAUCCGUUCCAAUGGGGCCCUCCUACAUUCCAUUUCAAGACGGGUAUCAUCAUGAUAGUAGUCUCGCUAGUUGCUUCAGUUGAUUCGCUUUCAUCAUACCAUGCUGCAUCGCUGCUAGUAAAUUUAAGUCCACCAACACGGGGAGUUGUCAGCAGAGGGAUUGGGCUUGAAGGGAUUUCAACUUUCAUUGCUGGAGUGUGGGGUACAGGUACCGGAUCAACAACAUUAACGGAGAACAUACACACCCUUGAAACAACCAAAAUGGCCAACCGGAGGGCUUUGCAGCUUGGGGCUGCCUUGUUAGUCAUCUUCUCAUUCUUUGGUAAAAUCGGAGCUCUCCUUGCCUCUAUACCUGUUGCCUUGGCUGCCUCCGUUCUGUGUUUCACUUGGGCACUAAUCGUCGCACUCGGCUUAUCCACAUUGCGAUACACCCAAGCAGCAAGCUCCAGGAACAUGAUAAUAGUUGGGUUUACCCUCUUCAUCUCACUGUCAAUCCCUGCAUAUUUUCAGCAGUAUGAACCCAGCUCCACUCUUGUCCUGCCAAGCUAUCUUCUUCCAUAUGCGGCAGCAUCCAGCGGACCAGUCCGCACAGCCAGCAGUGGGGUGAGCUCUCUCCCUUCCUCUCGUCUAGCUGGAAAAUCUCCCCCUCGAAUUACUGCUCUAACAGUACAAAUCGCCUUGCAGCUGAACUAUGCAGCAAAUGCACUCCUAUCCAUCAACGUCGUGGUGGCUCUCCUUGUGGCGCUACUACUCGACAACACGGUGCCUGGCAGCAGGCAGGAGCGAGGGGUGUACAUCUGGUCAGACCCAAAGUCCCUGGAGGUGGAUCCUGCGACCUUGGAACCCUACCGGUUGCCCGAGAAGAUCUCGUGCUGGUUCAAGUGGGCCAAGUGCGUUGGCAUCUAAUGGCUAUGUGCAUAUUACUGAUGAGAUGCAAGGCGGUGAAGAUUCUAUUUAUUCCAUUGCUACCACUCUAUUGUAGGAUUCACUAUAUGGAAAAAUAUAUAUAUACGGAGUACAUUGGGGCCUCUCUAGCUGCGGUUAGCUUCAGGGCCCUGUUUUCCAUGGUUAGGUUAGGACAACCCUUGUAAAGUUUCUAUGUUCUAUUAGAGAGGAAAUGUUAUUGCACUUCAUCGUUUAUGUUAGAGCGGAUAUGAUAUUAUUGCGUCU